UUAUUGUUGUCAAGAGACACUGUGCUUAUGUUGUUGCUUGUAGACGAAGCUGGUUUCUUUUUUAUAAUUUUAUAUUCAGUGGUGUUUUGCCUGCAUGUAUGUCUGUAUGAGGGUCUCAGAAGUCCCGGAACUAGAGUUACAGACAGGUGUGAGCUGCCAUGUGGGCGCUGGGAGUUGAACCCGGGUCCUCUGGAAGAGCAGCCAGUGUUCUUAGCCCCUGAGCCAUCUCUCUAGCCCCCGAGACACUGUGCUUUCUUAUAUUUCUGGCCGGGGGGUGGUGGUGGUGCUGGAAAAGCCCUAGGGACAUUUCUGGAUAAAGGAAGUCUGAAAGAUUCUGAAGAACUGGACCCAGUUAAUACGGUGAUCAGUUGACCUUGGGGCAGGGUUUUUUUUAUCCUCCCUACAGCCAUUCCAUUUAAGGCUUUGCCAUCUGGAAGGUGGCAGGGCGGAGAUGGUAUCAGGACAGAACAGGUUCCCCUCUGUGUGACACUGGGCACUGUCUUGUACUUACUGUAGCAAAGCAGUAAGUGAAGUGUGAACCAGAGGGCUGAAUGGGGAACAUCGACACAGCAUCUGGUGAUGUGUGCUUUCCAUCUGGUGUGUCGCUUGACCAGUUCUGCAAAGCAGAAAUGAUUCUUCUUGUUUUACAACUCAGACCACAGAAGCAGUGACUUAAUUGUGUUUCACAGAGCCGAAGAUGCGGCUCAGUGCAGAGCACUGGCAUGUGUGAGGUCCGAGGUCAGUCCCCAUUGUUACACACACGCUCAACACACCAAGUGGUUUCACAUAUGGUGGCUGGAUUCAAAGCUGGGCAUUUGAUUUGAUUUCUAGUGCCAGGGCACCAACCCGGAACUUCAGCUGUACCAGUGAGCUGCAAUCCUCAGCCCUAAGGCUGACCUUUUGCUGCUUGUAUUCAUGGGGGAACCACAGUAAUACAAACCAGGAAGAAGUGAGAAAGGAUGGCAGGAAGAUGACACAGCUGAGCAAGAGAGAGGCAGGGCUUUCCAUUAGGUUUCCCUGCUGCACAGCCAUCGCUCCUGUGUUACCAUGGGAAUUCAAGGCCUUGCCAAACUAAUUGCUGAUGUGGCUCCCAGUGCCAUCCGGGAGAAUGACAUCAAGAGCUACUUCGGUCGCAAGGUGGCCAUUGAUGCCUCCAUGAGCAUUUACCAGUUCCUGAUUGCUGUUCGUCAGGGUGGGGAUGUGCUGCAGAACGAGGAAGGGGAGACCACCAGCCACCUGAUGGGGAUGUUCUACCGUACCAUCCGCAUGAUGGAGAACGGCAUCAAGCCUGUCUAUGUCUUCGAUGGCAAACCACCACAGCUGAAGUCAGGUGAGCUGGCCAAACGAAGUGAGAGGCGCGCUGAGGCCGAGAAGCAGCUGCAGCAGGCCCAGGAGGCUGGGGUGGAGGAAGAGGUGGAAAAGUUCACCAAGCGGCUGGUGAAGGUCACCAAGCAACACAAUGAUGAGUGCAAACACCUGCUGAGUCUCAUGGGCAUCCCGUACCUCGAUGCACCCAGUGAGGCGGAGGCCAGCUGCGCUGCCCUGGUGAAGGCUGGCAAAGUCUAUGCUGCAGCCACGGAGGACAUGGACUGCCUCACCUUUGGCAGCCCCGUACUAAUGCGACAUCUGACUGCCAGUGAGGCCAAGAAGCUGCCCAUCCAGGAGUUCCACCUGAGCCGAGUCCUGCAGGAGCUGGGUCUGAACCAGGAGCAGUUUGUAGACCUGUGCAUCCUGCUGGGUAGUGACUACUGCGAGAGUAUCCGGGGCAUUGGGCCCAAGCGGGCCGUGGACCUCAUCCAGAAGCAUAAGAGCAUUGAAGAGAUCGUGCGGCGGCUGGAUCCCAACAAGUACCCUGUUCCAGAAAACUGGCUCCACAAGGAAGCUCAGCAGCUCUUCCUGGAGCCUGAGGUGCUGGACCCCGAGUCUGUGGAGCUGAAGUGGAGUGAGCCAAAUGAAGAGGAGUUGGUCAAAUUCAUGUGUGGGGAAAAGCAGUUUUCUGAGGAGCGAAUUCGCAGUGGGGUCAAGCGACUGAGUAAGAGCCGCCAGGGCAGCACCCAGGGCCGCCUAGAUGAUUUCUUCAAGGUGACCGGCUCACUCUCCUCAGCUAAGCGCAAGGAGCCAGAACCCAAGGGGCCUGCCAAGAAGAAAGCCAAGACUGGGGGAGCUGGGAAGUUCAAGAGGGGAAAAUAAACGUGUCCUCCCCUCCAUUGUCCCCGGACCCGAUGCCUGCUUCAUACCCUCAUCGUUCGCUCCUCUUCUGGAAGAGAGGCUGCUUCUUCCCAGAACUGCCUUCAGAGCCUCCCCUUCCUUGAUGUUGCGGCAGGAAGGACAGCUUUGCUUGUCCUCAUUUUUAGCUCAGGAAUGAUGUCAGGCUCAAACCACUUCUCAGGCAGGUUAUCGGACACUGCACCCAUUGUGCUGUGAAAUUGAAAGCAGCACGUUUGAAAGAAGCAGAUAAAGAUGGUCUGGGGGGGAGUGUGGGAGAGGAUUCCCUGGCUGGCCGCUGUGGGUGGGGUGACUGUAGACCUUGACUGUUCUUCAGCCCCCAGCCCAGGCUUAGCUGAUGGAAGGAGGAGCUGUGAGAAGGGGCAAGCAGCCAGGCAUCGGCUGACAGCGGCCUCGAUUACUGACUGCCUGUGUCUUGUGGGUCUCCGGUGCUUUUUCAGGGGAGGGAAGAGGCAAUGUUGUAGGUUUGGGUUUGUAGUUUUGUUUUUGUCCCGUUCCUCUCCAGUGCUGGGAACUGAACCCAGGGCAAGGCAAGCAAGCAAGCAAGCAAGCAUACCACUGACUGUAGCCCUGAGGGACACUGUUCUGAUGGCCUUUCUGAGGCAAUCAAUUGAAUUGAGGUUUUGGGAGAAGCAGCUAUUGUUCAUGUGCUAUUUCUAUUUUAAUAGAUGUGAAGAGAAAAAAAAUCAAUAAAAUUAUAAAAGUGACUGAC